AUGAUGUUAUCGAUAUCAACACUUGUUUAUUCGUUCGGUGGCUUGAAGAAAUUGUUCUCAGUAACACUUCGGCUCCUGUGACGGUCACACAUCAACAAUUAAUAAAUACAUUUUAACCCUUUCCUUACCAAUGCAGUUGCGCUGUAAAUGCAACAAACUCUUUGAAUUCUUUAUUUGACAAAAGCUACAAACUAAAUAAAUUUUUGGAUCGUGACGUGAUCACCAAAUUCUUUAUCUAGUCGAAGAUCUAAUUUUAUAUUAAUAUUAAAUGGCCAACAUGUUAAUAAGGACUAGACAAGUGCGUAAAUUUAGAGUUGCAAUAAUUAUAAGAGUGGUUCUGUUCUUCGGUUUGCCGUCCUGUUAUUUCCUGGCUCGCAAUGUUACGGGCACUUCACCUGAACUUUCCAUUAAACAAUUCAGCGUUACUUCAGGCUCCAUCGGCAGCUACUCGUCCCGCCACUUGCUGGCGGUGGCCGAACCGCAAAAGAACUGCACGCCUGCUGCCAUUUUGGAGUUCCCACCAGACGGGUUCACCCGAACUCAAAGGCAACAUGGUUUUAUAGCAAUACAUUGUGUUCUGGCGAUCUAUUGCUUUCUCCUGUUGGGUGCGGUGUGUGAACAAUACUUCGUGCCAGCGAUCGAGAUCAUAUGCGAACGUCUGGAGAUGGAGGAGGACGUGGCGGGCGCCACGUUCAUGGCGGCGGCCAGCUCCAGCCCCGAGCUGUUCAUCAACUGCGUGGGCACGUUCGUGACGGAGGGCGACCUGGGCGUGGGCGCCGUGGUCGGCUCCGCCGUGUUCAACGUGCUCGCGGUGCCCGCGUGUUGCGGCUUCAUCGCCGGGAAGGCUAUCGAGCUGGACUGGUGGUCGGUGUCGCGCGACUGCCUCAUGUACGCCGUGGCGGUGGUGGCGCUCAUCCUGACACUCCUCGACAACAAGGUGCUCUGGUACGAGGCGCUGAUGCUAGUGCUCAUGUACACUCUUUACAUACUAGCUAUGGCAUUCAACGGGCGUUUGGGAUCCUUCAUGAGAAGUGGAUGUUGCUAUUUCAAUAAGCCCAAAAUGUAUAGUGAAAUUACCCCUCUUCUCGCUAAAGGUGCAGAGAAAAGCUAUUCAGUAGUUACAGACAACAAUAACAACCACAAUUCAUUUAAUAAAAUAAAUCAUCGUCUCGACUUGGAAAACGGUAUAGAAAUGUCAAGAAGGCACAAUUCAAGUGACUCAGAGUCGAACUCCAGUGCCAUUUGGCCGUGGCCAGGCGAGAAGUCGUCGAAGUGGAGUAAGGUGCUGUGGGUGCUGACGUGGCCCAUCAGCCUGGUGCUGUGGCUGAGCGUGCCCGACUGCCGCCACCGCCGCUCUCUCUAUCCACUCACCUUCCUCAUGUGCAUCGCUUGGAUCGGCGGGGCCUCUUAUAUAGUAGCUUGGAUCAUCACUAUUAUUGGUGACACUCUCGAUGUCCCCGACAGCAUCACCGGGCUGACGAUCCUAGCGGCGGGCACCAGCCUCCCUGAAGCGGUCUCCAGCGUGCUCGUAACCAAGCAAGGGCACGGCACUAUGGGUAUCAGCAACACGAUCGGCUCGAACACGUUCGACAUCCUUCUGUGCUUGGGGUUGCCGUGGCUCGUCAAGUCACUAUUCUACCCAGCUUCACCAAAAAAUCAUUGGGUGGCAAUAAACUCUAGCGGGUUGUCGUACAGCGCCAUCUCGCUGUUGUCCACGCUGUUCGCCCUAUACGGGUCGCUGGCGCUGAACAAGUUCCGGCUGGACUGCAGGGUGGGCGCGGCGUGCGCGGCGCUGUAUCUCGGCUACCUGGCGCUCGCGGCGCUCAUCGAGCUCAACGUCUUCUUCCCGGUCAACCUGCCCGUCUGCCCGCAUUGAUCUAAAG